AUGGCCUUGACCACAAAUUUCUCUUCGGCCUCUAGAGAGCAAAGAUGGGUUGAUCAAAUAAGCAAGAAAUUCAUCAGGGAAGUCACUAUUGACAUAUCUGAUGGAAACCCUAUCUGUGUUUUCAAUGUUCCAAAAUCGAUUACUGCUUUCAAACCUGAGGCUUAUAUCCCUGAGGUGAUUGCUUUAGGUCCAUAUCAUCACAUGGAUCCACGUUUAUAUCAUAUGGAAAGGUAUAAGCUUGCUAUUGCUAAGUCGUUUUUCAACCAAAGAUACCCUCAACAAGAAAACAAGAAGUUCCAGGAACUAUUGAUCAACAAACUCAAAGAGCUAGACCCCAUUGUCAGAGGAUGCUACCAUAGUUACUUGGACUUAGAUGACAAUACGUUAUCUUGGAUUGUAGCCAUAGAUGGUUUGUUCUUGCUUAAUUUUUUACAAGAUUACUUUGUUAAUCUUGAAGGUAAAAAGAUGCAAGCACGAGACUCCAUUCUUUCUAGGGACCUGAUGUUGUUAGAGAACCAAAUCCCCUUAGUUAUAUUGGAGGAAAUUUCUAAAACAAUCAAAUAUGAUUCGUCUGAAAAAAUAGAAGAUGAAGUUGAGUUGCUAAUUAUGAUGGAGACUUUUUGUCGAACAAACUCUCCUCUCAAAUUGGCAUCCAUUUCGCAGUGCUCUUACCAUGCAACAAGCCACUUGCAUUUGUUGGAUUUCAUGUACCAUUUGAUAGUCAACAACGGUCUAUCUGAUACCCUAAGAUCCCCUCAAGAUGAAGAAGAAGUAGCGAAUGAGGAUGAGUCAGAGGAAAUCGAGGUAGUUGAAGAGGAUAUGAACACCAUUCGCGAUAAUAUUAGUGAAAUAACAAAAAUAGGACUUAAAUUUGGGAUUGGUGGAAAAAUCUUGAGCCCAGUCCAGGUUAUACAAGACAUGCCAUGGGAUAAAAUCUUGAGCAUUUUAGGCCUAAAACCUAGGGAUCCUAGCAAACAUGAAGGUCCUAUUGUGGAGGAAAUUAAAAUUCCAUCUGUUUCUUCUCUUCAUUACUAUGCAGGGAUAACAUUUAGGUCCACAAGCAGGGGUAUAAGGGACAUAAAGUUCGUAGAAGAAGAAGCUGCUUUAUACUUACCUGUAAUAACCCUAGAUGUUAAUUCAGAAGCACUAUUCAGGAACUUGGUAGCUUAUGAAAUCGCUAUGAACUGUUCACAUUCCAGCCACUCACUUUCGGAAUUCAUUGAUCUGGUAAGUGGUAUUAUUGAUGAUGCCGAGGAUGCAAGAUUGUUAAAGCAAAAGGGAAUCAUUGAAGGGAGCCUAACAAAUGACCAGAUUGCUAAGCUAUUCAAUGGGAUGAACAAAUCAACCAAGAAUUCUAAAAACAAGACAGUUUCAAAGAUUAAUAACUAUUACAAGAAGAGGCUGGUUGUAAAGUUGUUUAAGUUCAUGAAAACAAAGUUGUUUUCUUCGUUGAAGGUGAUUACUAGUCUUUCAACUGUUUUGUUGUUGAUGCUUCUACUAUUGUACUCGUUUUGCAAGUUCUAUGGUUGUUCCAAGCUCUUUGGCGGGAGCAGCAGUAGCUAG